AUGUUCCAUAUUUUCGAAGGAUUCGAGAAUCCCGAUAAGGCCCGGAGUCAGAGCCGCGAGGGCCGUGGCAAGAGCGGAAAAAGAUCCUCGACGGUGCGUGCCUGCGAACAAUGUCGACGCCGCAAGAUUCGCUGCGAUGGAGAGCAGCCGUGCGAGGCGUGCCAGUGGUAUAAAAAGACUGAUCUGUGUCAUUACUCGGAUCCUCGCCCGUCCAGAAGGUAUCCACUUCCUGUUUUCAUUCGUUCAUUCUCGCUGAAGUCUUGGCAUGUCGAAAAGCUAUCUUCCACCGUCGAGGAGUAUCGAGUCGUGUUUGAGAAACUCUUUCCGUCCAUUCCUUUGCAAUCUCUCUCCAACCUCCCCCGCGAACGCCUUCUAGAGCUGGCCUCGAGAACCCAACCGCAGUCCGAAAUUCUUCCUGUUCCCGUGUCCAAGCCCCCACCGUCUGUCGAUAACCAUGUCCUCCCUCUCCCCCCAGAAGAUGAAAACCUGGAAUCCCUCCAGACAAUGCCCGAUGAUUCCACCGAGAGUCGUACAUGCCGGAGCCCAGAUCUCGUCGCCGCUGUGUCCGACGAUGUCAACGCGUUGUCCUUAUCAACAAAACGGCCCUCAACAUACUUGGGGAUAUCUUCGGUGAAUGCUGUUAUGCGGGUAAUAAUGUGGAUUGAUCCCGAGAGCUCUCAGCAUUUCUCCAGGGCUCCCGAUCCGCAACCCCUCCCAAAACGGGAGAAGCAACCUCUCCCGGAUAACUGCUCUUGGUCCUUGCAGCCCCCACCUUCCACGGCUGGGCAUCUGGAAGUAAAUCCCAUGGAGCUUACCAACGCGUACUUCGCAUACUUCCACUCCUUCGCUCCAUUGCUGGAUGAGCACUUAUUCCGCGAAACUGUCCUGGUUCGUAAAAGGUCCGAUCCGCGUUGGCUAGCACUCCAAAAUAUUGUUUUUGCACUUGGAAGUAUUGCUGCAUACACGGCCGAUGAUACAUCCCACGAGUCCUACUAUCUAAAAGCUAGACACUAUUUGAGUUUGGAUACCCUUGGGAAUCCGCAUUUAGAGACCAUCCAGACCCUUGCCUUAAUGGGAGGCCAUUACUUACAUUAUAUGAGCCAACCCAACCUUGCACAUUCUCUUAUGGCAGUUGCUCUGCGUAUGGCCACUGUUCUAGGUCUGCAUAAAGAAUUCAUUGGAAAUCAGGAAGCUGCUAGUCAAAACAGCCAAAGAAAAUUCUCUGUCGAUUUACGAAGAAGGAUCUGGUGGUCUCUCUUCUGCCUUGACACUUGGGGCUAUAUGACGUUGGGUAGACCAAGUAUGGGACGGUGGGGCCCUGGAAUUACAGCCAAACUCCCACAUAACCAUGGAAACAAGGAACUUGCCUUUUAUGCGCUUUCCUUAGUAGAAAACACUCGGUUUUGCAAAAUAGCUACUCAGGUGGGAGACGCUCUUGCAGCUUCUCCGAUUGUCAGCUAUCAAGAAAUGGUCAGUCUCGAUAAUCAGUUGGUCGAAUGGUAUGACAAUCUUCCUCCGCUCCUAAAGGAUCAUGAACCCAGUGCAGAUCCGGUUUCUACAACGCGAACCGUGAUGCGAUGGCGGUAUCAAAGCCAGCGUAUUCUUCUUCAUCGUCCUGUCUUGCUAAGCUACGCGAUGCGUCGUAUCCCCUAUGUUGCACUCAGAACAGAAGAGAGAUAUGCUAUUGAAAGAUGCAGGAUGGUCGCUAAUGAAACAAUUCGGGAUGUCGCUUCAACUACUCGCUUGAACCAAAUGACAGGAUGGAAUGCUGUUUGGCUCCUCUUCCAAGCCACACUAGUUCCGCUCCUUGGGCUUUUUAUUGCUGAUGGAACCGCCACCCAUGCGCACGCAACGUCGGAUAGCUGCAGAAACCAAGUUGAAACGGCGAUUGUUGCCCUUGAGCGCUUGGAGAACUGGAGUCCAACUGCCAAGAGAACGUUGGAGGUAGUCUCUCGAAUCCUAGAAACUAGCCAGCGACCACGCCACACCAGCGUCGGCAGCUGUACAUCUGGAAGCGACACCCACACAGCCGGCAUGAGUGAUCAGUCUGCCACCGCUUCAUCGGAAACAUCAAACACCGCGCCUUCUAUUCACACUAUGGACCAAACAGCCGUCCUUAGCAAUGCUGCGUUCCCUAGUUACCAGAAUAUUGCACCAUAUAUACAGCCAUCACCGCAGCAAAUGUUGGAUUAUAUUACAUGGGGGGAUAAUAACAUCUGGUCGAGCGUCCAAGAGGAUUUUUAUACUCAACAACCCCCCGCUGUGGGGAUGUUUGGCCAGGGUCAACAGUACCUUAAGCCUCUUGAUCAUGAACCUCCCGCGGUUGGAGAAAGGGCUGGAGUGUAUGAUACCGGAUUAGAGACUCCGAAUAUUGUACGGUUUUAGUUAAGCGGUAUAUAAU